AUGGAAAAUAUUAAGGGCCAAUAUAAUGAUCAUGCUGAAAUGUCAGCAUCAAUCAAUAAAAAUCUUGAUAUACCCUUAAUAACAAAAAAGAAAUUGAAUUUAAGGGAUUUAAAAUGUAAACAUAAAGAUUUAAGUAGAAAAUGUGCGGAAAUUAAACAAAUAUUCAACGACAAGGAAGAUUAUUUUAGUUUUAAGGAAAAAGGAUACAAUGCUAAUAAAGAAAAAUUAAUAAAAGAAUAUAAACAAGCAAUGAAAGAUAAUUAUGACAGGCAAAUUAUUUUAGAAGAAAAGAUAAAAAACAAGGAAAAUAAAAUCAAGCUAUAUGAUUUACAAAUUAAAAAAUUUAAAUUGAAUAUUGGAAGCAUGCAUGAACGAAUUAAAAAAGCGAGAUACGAAACCUUAGAAAGGGAAAAAAGUCUUAGCUUUUUAGACCAGUUCAAAGAUAAUCCAACUGAGCUUGUUCAACUAGAUAUGUUUGACAGAUUGGAGACUAUAUUCAGUUCUAGGAAAUUCAUAAAAAAGAAAAAGGAAAAAUUAAACGCAAAAAUAAAUAUAAUAAAGGAAAAGAUUAAGGAAUUGGAGGAAAAAAAUAAUUUAAUUUUAAUGGAUAAGGAAGCGAAAUAUAAGCACCUCCAAGAAGAAUCUGAAAGAAUUGUAAAUAAUGAAAAGGAAAUAAAAGAAGAAUUAAAAGAAAACAUAAAUGAGCAUAAUAAAGAUGCCUUAUUACUUUACAAAAUAAUUUCGUGCAUCGACAAUUUUUUAUGUCGAUUUGCUUCAUUUUUACCCGAAUUAAGACAUUAUAAUAUUAAAAAGGAUGAUGUUAAUUCUGAAAAGAAAAAUAAAGCCCAAGACAUAAUCGAAGAUCCAUACUUCAUAGAUACUGUCGAUUUUAAUAACCUAGAGGAUGAAAUACUUAAAAAAUUAGAUUUGAUCUAUAAAUAUAUAAAAGAUACAAUAUUCAUAAUUAAUAAAGCAAAAAAAGAAAUACCACUAAAAGAUGGAAGUCAAAUAAAGGCGGUGGAAUAUAAUCUAAAUGAAAGCAUUGAAUUUCUUACAUACAAUGGGAAAGGAAAAAACAAUUAA